AUGGUCCGCUCCAUUGCUGCCCUCGCCGCCACCCUGGCCGUUGCCUCGGCCCAGCCGUCGUUCGUCUACAAGUUCGACGCGGCAACCGCCGGCGGCGUGGACGGCUCUAUCCACAUCAAGUACGCGGGCGAGAACUCGUCCACCGCCACCAUCACGGCCGCGCUCGACUUCUCGCGCGUCAACCAGCCGGACAUCAUGGCCUUCGACGACCAGUGCACCAGCGACAAGGUCACGGGCUGGAAGUGGCACAUCCACACCAAGUGGAACUCGACGCUGUCCUCGGACUCGUUCAAGCAGUGCGCCAAGGCGGCCACGGGCCUCCACUACGACCCGCUGCGCGCCUGCGGCCCCGUGUCCGAGUACAACGCCGAGCCCGAGUGCGCGGCCAAGAUCCCGAGCUACGCGUGCAACCCGGGCAACUACUCGGCCGACCCGCUGGCCUGCGAGAAGGGCGACCUGUCCGGCAAGUUCGGUGCCUUCAAGCUGGGCGAGGACUCGACCGUGUCCGAGCAGUGGACGGACGAGCACUUCCCCCUGCCGUCCGAGAACACCGAGUCCUGGAGCAUCGUGCUGCACGCCAUGUGCGGCCAGGAGUCGCGCAUCUCGUGCGCCCACCGCACGGUGGAGGACGAGGCCGAGCAGGUGGACCAGUCGACCCCCGUCCAGCAGGAGUCCCCCGUCGUGCCCGCCCCGGGCUGCGGCGCCUAA